CUCCCGGGCCGGGCGCCCGCUGGGAUGGACGUUGCGGGGGAGGGAACGGGGUGGUCUCCGAGGAAGUCAAGGCCGGGGCUCCUAGCCAGAGCCGGAGCAGGCAGCUGACCCGCCGGUGUUUGUGUGUAGCGCCUGCCCAGGGAGACAUGGAGAAGUGCUUGGCGGCAGCGGCGCUGAACGGGGUGGACCGACGUUCCUUGCAGCGUUCGGCGAGGCUGGGUCAAGAAGUGCUGGAGCGGGCCAGGAGGAGGGCGGUGGACUGGCAUUCGCAGGAGCGUCCCAGGGGCAGCACAGGGGACCUCUUCCAGCCGGGGCCCGGACCCCAGCGCCUUCUCCCAGGAGAGGGAGAAGAAAGGCACCAGACCCUUAGUGCUUCCUUCAGAACGAUGGCUGAAUUCAUGGACUACGCUUCAAGUCAGUGUGGGAGAUACUACUCAUCUGUACUGGAAGAAGGAGGGGCAACCCAUGUCUAUCGUUACCACAGAGGGAAGCCAGACUUGUACUUGUGCUCAGAUUUAGACCGUGGUCAGAGAAAAGACAGAGAAAAGACAUCCCUUGCUUCAGGAAGCUUCAAAUCAGUGUGUGUUCCAGAGGUAUCGCAGCCCACCAAGGACAUCUCUAAGGACCUCUACAUAGAAGUAUACCCAGGGACCUAUUCUGUCACUGUGGGCUCAAAUGCCUUAACCAAGAAGACUCACGUGGUCGCAGUUGAUUCAGGACAAAGUGUGGACUUGGUCUUCCCUGUAUGAUGUUGACCAUCACUGCCAUCACAUCAUUCUUUUUAAGUAGCAAGAAGAAUAAAGCCACUGUAUGAUUCUCUUAAUAAUGAUGCAUUAAUCCUGCUUUUAGUGCUGACUGCAGCGUCAGCCUUCCUGGGACCUGGAGUCUGUCUCUUUCAGUGCCCAUUUUAAUUUGAGAGUAUACAAGUCCCCCAUCCAGAUUUGCCUAAAAGCAAUAAUGUGAUGAGAUGAUGCUGUCUGAACAAUUUUUACUGCUGGCUUUCCAAGUAAAGGUUAAUUAUGAUAAUAAAGGGAGAGAUUUGGAAACGGAGAGGAUUCAUUUUUAUUGGUAUUAAAAAAAAGAUAAAACACAGUAUGUAUGUCCCACAUGUGUAGGCUUUUUG